AUGAGUAGAGGAGACAGGCAAUCCCCCGGCCCAAGCGCAGGUCGUGUGGAAGCAGGAUCAACUCCGCUCCCUCCGGGCAGGAAGGCUUCUUCGGCAGGCCCGGGAAAGGGCUCGCAGAGGAAGCCAAGACACGCCUCGCAAUUUUGUGCGCGGGUGGCCCGGCCACAGGGACCCUUCGCGACCCCGGAGUCCUCCUCCAUCGCUCUCCUGCCCUCUCCCCUUCCUCCACCUCGUUCCCGUCACCUCUAUUCCUACACCUUCAGCUCUCCCUUUGUCUCCGCACUGAGCCUAAUAUUUCCAAGCCUCCCUACUCCGGCUCUGAAGGCAACCUGGGUGACCGCAGGUCACCGCAGGGUGACUGGAGACUCCUUCGGCACCUACGACCCUCCCCCAACCUUCACACCCAGCCACACUGGGCAGCGUGCCUUGGCCACACCGACGACGCUGCCCCGACGGCUCCGGGUCCCUCUGGCCUCUAGGUCCCCACAGCCGACGACCGAGGAAGGGAGCCGCAUUUCACCAGCAGAGCAAGCAAAAAACUAUUGUCCCACCCUGCAGGGCUGGAAGGUUUCUCUGCUUUUAAUGCUUGGGGGAAAAGAAGAGAAGAGAAAAGAGGAGAAGACCGGAGGAGGGAGGACCUUCGCCAGAGGUUUCAUGUCUUUAUUUAAUAACACUUCAAAGUGGCUGUCCCAUUGCUGUCCCGAGGAGAGGAAGCGCCGCGCCAGAUGCACCGCCGGUGCCACUUCCUCGCAGAGCAGGAAACACGAGCAGGUUCCUCGCGUCCCUCGUCCGUGGCCCCGAGAGCUUUUCGGAGACGCCGGAGGGAGGACCCGGCGGGGCUGCGCGGCGGUAUCCGGCGCGGAGAGAGCUCUUCUAGGACUGCCCCACGCGCGGCAGCCAGCUGUGGCGUCCCGUAGGAGAAAGUACGCUCGACUGGUGUUAAAAAUAAAAGAACGGGCCUCUGAAGCAUGGAGAUGGGGGUGGGAAGUAACUCAAGCGCCAAUAAGUGACGGAGCGAGUGUUUUACACGCGCAGCACCACCGCUCCUCGCAGAGGGCUGGGGGCGGCCGUAGACUCGGCUGUGGGGAACCGGGAUGUCCUGCCCGGAGCAGGCAGACUGGCUGCCGCGGGACCGAGCCGCCCCGACACCGCCCAGUGGGGCUCCGCCGGCCGCAGGUGUCGUGGGGUUACACGCCGAGCCUCGGACGCGACCGGCUACACACAGACCUGGGGACCUGGGGGCAGCUGUUCGGCCCAGUCAGUCCUGAACAGCGAAGGAGCUCGACUAGGUCCGACCUGCCAGCCCAUAUCUGCCGCGGAGACCUCUGGGCGGACGAGGUCUGUGCGUGUGUGCGCGCCCGUGUGCGUGGGUACGGUCUGGAUUUCGAGAUAAAGCAGUCUGAGGAAAAGAAAAAAAAAAGGGGGGAAAAAAGCGCCCCCAGUUACCCCACUGUUCCCACAUUAGAUACACCUACGGCAGGCAAGAAGAGAUUGGAAAAUGCGGCUAUCUCGGGAAGGGAGGCAUUACAGAAGCGUCUUCCCCUCGUCCAUGCAGAGCACCCUGUCCGGGUGGGUGAGGAAGGCUCUUUCGAGGGUUCUCCUGCGGUGGUGGGCGAUGGCUCACUGCCUCGGCUGUCUGUUGCAUUUUUGCCCAUGUCCUCGGAAUGA